AUCACCAUAUAUAGCUUAUCUUGGCUUGGCUAAGAAAAAACAAUAUAAUAUCCCCUGGUUGCUAUAUAUAUCCACCCAUUUCCUUCUUUAGCAAAGCACAAAAAGGUGUGUAUAUAUGUAUAUGUAUAUGCACCAUUUCAAGUGACCGACACUCCCAAUAAACCCUAAACAAUACAAUGUUUUCCCACCACCAUAACCAUUUAGUGCUGCCUUCCAGCUCGGCGCCGCGGUCGUGGUGUUUUGUCCGGCAUGUGUUCUUUUGCUCCGCAGUCGUCUGGUUUGCCGCCAGAAGCGGCGAAGCGAAGAUAAAGUUGCCGGAGGGCGUGGUGGUGCCGGCGGUCAUAGGGUUCGGGGAUUCCAUCAUUGACCAGGGGAUGAACAACUACAUCCCCACGGUGGUCAAGGCUGACUUCCCGCCGUAUGGGGAGGACUUCAUGGGCGGAAUCCCCACCGGACGCUUUACCAAUGGCAAAACCCCUACUGAUAUUAUAUCUGACGAGUUGGGAAUAAAAGAAUUAGUGCCUGCUUAUUUGGACCCCAAUUUGAAACUCCAAGAUCUCAAAACCGGUGUUAGCUUUGCUUCCGGUGCCAGUGGAUACGACCCUCAAACUCCACAAAUUGUGUCGGUGAUCCCGCUGUCCCAACAGCUGGAGUACUUCAAAGAGUAUCUGGGAAAGCUGAAGGCCGCGUUUGGGGAGGAGGAAACCAAGUUCAUAACCGACAACAGCCUGUUCCUGGUGGUGGCCGGCAGCGACGACCUCGCCAACACCUACUUCACCGUCGGCAUCCGCCGCCUGAAGUACGACGUCGACGCCUACACCGACCUCGUCGUUAGCGGCGCCUCCGCCUUCAUCCAGGAGAUCUACAGGCUCGGGGCGAGGCGGAUCGGGGUGUUCAGCGUCCCUCCCAUAGGGUGCCUGCCCUCCCAGAGGACACUGGGGGGAGGGAAGAGUAGGGCCUGCGCAGAGAACUACAACCAGGCGGCGUUGCUGGCGAACGCCAAGUUCUCCGCCGCCCUGCAUUCCCUCUCCAACACCUUGCCCCGAACCAAACUUGUUUUUGUCAACAUCUACGAUCCCCUCCUUCAAAUCAUCCUUAACCCUCAACAAUAUGGAUUUACGGAGGUGGAAAAAGGGUGUUGCGGGACAGGAAACGUGGAAGUGGCAAUUUUAUGUAACAAAUUUUUACCGACAUGUGAAGAACACGACAAGUAUUUGUUUUGGGACAGCUAUCAUCCCACGGAAAGAGGGUACAAAAUAUUAAUUGGUCAGGUCAUCGACAAAUAUAUCCCUCAAUUUUUCUGAGCCAUUGAAAUUAAUUGGAGUGAUAGAUGAUCCUUAUUAUUAUAAAAAUUAUUAAUACUCCCCAUAAUAAAAAUAUUUUACACACAAGCUAAGGAUCGGAGGAGGACAAUUGUAUUUUUUCUAUUAUUAAUUAAGAAACACCCAUCCAUUGAUUAUAUUCAAAGAAGCUAAGGCUACUAAAAACAGCGCACGGCUAAUUAGCAUCCUUGUAUAAUGGUUGUGUAUUAUGGAGUCAUUAUUAUUGGACUUUAUUUUCAUGUAAUUUUGUUUUAGUUUGCUUAAUAUAUAUUUCAUGUCUAUCUUCAAUUCUACACUACCAAGAAAUUGUUUUUAGCUUUGUACUCAAGUAUAAACUAGAAUGGAUUGU